CAGAGGAGACGCUAACCCUGAGUGCUGGUGCUGGUGACGGCUGUGAAGCCAGAGGAGACGCUCCUGCGCCCAUCCGACUGAGGAUCCGGGGACUGAGGAACCGGGGACUGAGGAUCCGGGGACUGAGGAUCCGGGGACUGCAACGAAGGAUCUGGGGACUGCAACAGAGGCAGAGCUUCCUCACGCUCUCCCUGAACCUUAAACUCUCCUCUCUCUCCUCUCAUCCCUCUCUCUCUCCUCUCACCCCCCUCUCUCUCCUCUCACCCCUCUCUCCCAGGAUCUCGGCAGACGCCUAGCAGGAGAAUGCUCAGCUUCAGGCUCGCCUACAUCUUCUGCUAUAACCUGCUGCAGUUCUGCGGCCACUCGUGGAUCCUGGCCAACACCAUCGCCAGGUUCCUCAUGUUCGGGAAAGACGCUUUGGCCGACACCUUCUACUCGGUGGGCUUCGUCAUGAGUCUGUGUCAGCUGCUCUCCAUCCUGGAGCUUUUCCACAUCGCUGAUGGGAUUGAGAAGGCCAGGCUCCUCCCUCGCUUCUUCCAGGUUGUAGAGAAGAAUGUUCUGCUGAUGGUGGUCAUCGUGCUGGAGGAGCUCCAAAGUAAACCCGUGGUAUGCGUGCAGCUCUUCCUGUGGAACGUUCUGGAUCUGUUACGGUACCCUCAUGAGCUGCUCUGUGUUCUGGAUCAACCCUCCGUUGCCAUGUUGUGGAGCCGCUACUCCCUCUGGAUCCCUGUGUACAUCAUCUCAGCCGCCAGUGAAGGGGUUUCUGUCUCCCUCAGGGGCCACCGUGUACCGGGCCGCGGAUUCCGCCCCCCCGGCAGCGUCCCACGUCAUCUCCGUCCCUGCGGUCCUGAGGUUCUACUUGCUCGUCCUCCCCCUCGGAGCCUCUGUCACCGUCUGGCAGCUGCUGAAGGAGAGACGCCACCAUCUGGACAAAUGGAACAAGAGGAAGAAGAGGAAGUGACAGCGACAGAGCGCCGACAUCUGAGUCUCCUGGAAAAAAGACACGAGGACAACUCCACAAGCCUUUAACUUUGCUUUAAUGCCUCUUCUUUCUGAUGUCAUCCACGUGUUUCAUACAUAGAAAACACGCCUCUGCAGAAAUCACACAACCAAUCACGUCUACAUUGCAACAUUUCCUGUUACACUUGUGAUGAAACCAGCUUGGACCGACCACGUCCCUCCCGGACACCUCUGAUGGCCGAGGGGACAGACGAGAGUCCACUUCCUCCCAAACCCCGAGGACUUGACUGAGUGUGUUGCUAUGGCAACGGGGGGCACUUCUACCAGCCAUAGGCUCUGGUCCACACAGCUUUUUUCCUGAACUCGGGGGAGGACUUCAGAGCCAGGAGAGCAGCUGCAACCAGAACAGACCAUAUUAGUUCAUCAAGAUCAGACAAAUUAGGUGAGUUUUUCUCAGAGAAAGGAUGUAAAAUCCUCCAAAGUGACAUUGCGAGGACGUCCCUACGUCCCCGUGGGAGGAGCCCACCUGCAGCACAUAACCAACACUGCUCUUGUUUGGAAGUGUAAUAAAAACAUAAAUAAAUAAAUCUCUGCUGACCUCUGA